AUGUACUUGGCGGUCUUUCAGGAGUUUGCCCAUCCGGAGGUGUUGGCGCGGGUCGAGGCGGAGGAGAUAUGCAGUAUUGACAGGGCCACAGGGCCGUGCACGAUGGCGAAGUCAGAGCAGGAGCUUGCGGCGGUGAGAAGCAACGCCAAGUUGAUUAUUGAUGAUGCAACCACAAGUGAGGAGGCGGUUGAAGCGGCGCUUGCGGCCCUUCGCAAGCUUGGUUUCGUCGUUACGCAUCGACAUCCUGUAACUUCGGCGGGGUGCCCAAUGAGGGACCGUGUCAUUCUGUCCUACACCGCAUGA